AUGGAUGCAUGGAGAUGGAGAGUUCUACCGCUGGUGUCUGUCCUUCUGGCGGUUCUGUUCCUCUACGUCAGAAGGCCAGAUAAGGUUUGGAAUGUCUCACUGCGACGCACUCUUCGUGUUCAUCUUCUCCCGUAGUAUGGUUGGGGAGUCUCGUAGUUGCAAGAAUAGUAAUUCACUCUGCGUCUAAAGAGCUCUAGAUUCUGCACGUACUUCAUUUUAUGCCAAUUUCUUUUCGCAGCCAUUACCAAAUAGCCAGUGUAGCCUUCUUCCCCAUGACCAAUACCUGAUACGCAGCAAGCGCAUCAUUACACCAGAGGGAGUGAUUGCUGGCUCAGGUUAGUGUCCAUUGUUUACUUCAAUGUUUCCAUCGAAUCCCCAUGCCACGAUAGGGGUUUUCUUUGUGAUCUUGGACUCUUUAGUUUACUGCAAUGGUGUGCCUAUCACGACAAUUGUCUGGCUUAUCUGUGCAAUCCUGCCAGUUGAGGUGAAAGGAGGGAUAAUCGUUUCGGUCGCUGAAGGAGGGGAUCAGUUUUCAGACUACUCACAAGGGUAUAUACUUGACUACGGAGACGCAGUCGUUAUGCCUGGCUUGGUUGACAUGUAAGUUAAUUCGAUCUUUUCCUUUGAAAGGAAGAUACUUUGCCGUGGAGAAGUUCUAAAUGAGUAUCCUUUUUGUGCUUUAGCUGAGAAUUUCAUUUGUAUUAUCUGGUCUAAAACGUUCGUCAGUGAAAUAGGGCAGUAAGUAGUUCUAAGAUUUUUUUAAAAUUUUACGACGUUUCCUUUUAAUUAUUUUUCUGUUUCAAUAAUUUCUCAUCUGGGGUUUAUCCUUUCAUCAUUACAACCGGAUAUACUAGUUUUAUUGAAUAAAAUAAGACUAAUGCCCUCAGCUAGUGAGGCGAAAUACAUCGUCGGUGAAUCAGAGACCUUUUUUUUUGCAGUUAAUUAUUUCCUUCUUUUACUUGAGCAAGCAUAGAUAUUUCAGCCGUUUCACUUUUGGAUGGAGAAUGUUUCCAGACUUGGUUGAUAUCAUGCCAGACAUUUGGAGAGAAGAGUUUUACACUUAAACGCACGGUUCUUUUCCAUUAUUCUGCUUUUGAUUCCUGAUGACCCGUGCGUUUUAAAAUAUGUAACUGUUUCGCAUUUCUAAAAAUUGUUAACUUAAAUGCAACAUAUACGUGAUUUCAGGAAUUCGUUGGAUGAAGUACUACUGAUUCACAUUGAACAAAUGCAAGAAUUCUUUCUCUCUCUUUUUUUUUUUCCUUGUGGUGUUGACAGUGAAUUGUCUAAUGCAUGCUUCAACUUCAGCCUAAUAUGGGUACUCACUCCCUAAAUAACUUUUAUCCUCCGUAAUUUUCGUGGUAUUUUCGGUAUUGUAGCAGAGAAACAGUUCUUUUCUUGGUUCAUUGACGUAUCGGUCUUUGAAUAUAGCUCAUUAAUUUUAACGUUUUUGGGUUUUAGUCACGUACAUCUGAAUGACCCUGGAAGAACUGAAUGGGAAGACUUCACAACUGGGACAAAAGCAGCUGCUGCCGGUAUGCAUCUUGAGGUCAUUUACUAUGUUUUAGAGCUAGUUAUUAUGGAUGUGAUACUUGCCACAAGAAAGUGGUAAUCACAAUGAAUAACGUAUAUCCAGGCGUGUCUGAUUUGUGAAUGUCACCUUGCGUUCUUUACAUGAUAAAUCGUACGCUGGUAUGGAGAACCAGAAAGUCAACUCCAAAAUUAAUUUUAUAUUGACUAUCCAUUGAAAACUUAUGUGUCCUUGGGCACGUAUAAAGUGGUGUAUGCCAGUGAUUACCUAAAAUGAAUCGUUUAUCUUUUAUGCAGAUAUAUAAUCUGGAUAGUCAUGUAUUACUUGGUUAAAAAAUCCUGCAAUCGUCAUUAGCAGAUGCAAGAUGCUUGGGAUUGAGUUGAGUAGAAGCAAGCUAUGAGGAAUUAUUUAUCACUAUGGAACCUUUUUGUCAAUAUGUUUAUAACAAGGUUUUCCUUUAAGGGAAUUGAAUCUUAAAUCGGAAAUAUGUAUCUUGAGAUCUAAGUUUAGAUUUUUAUCUGCAUUAUUUUAAAGUUGAUUUCAUUAUUUUUUUUAUUUCCAAUUAUUUCGUUUGCUUGGCAGAUAUUCUGUUUCUUGCAUUUCAGCAUAUGUAUACUAAGUACGGAUUAUAAUUUUCUACAGGUGGCAUAACAACCUUGAUUGACAUGCCUCUUAAUUGUUUCCCUACGGUAGUAUCAGAAGAAACUUUCCGGCUCAAGGUACUGCCACUCUCAUUUUAGCAUUGAUUUUGCAGUACACUUCUGGCGUGACUAAUUCCUGUCGUUUCUGUUCACAUUAGCUUGAAGCAGCGAGGAACAGACUUCAUGUAGACGUUGGUACGAGCUUCAACAAUAAUAGGAGCCAUUGAUCAUCCAUUCACUGAAUAACCACAUUUAGAUGUCUUACAAGAAAACCAAGCAACUCAUUAUAUCUUCUUUCAUGUGUAAUUGACUUGCUAUAUAUUUUCUUCAUUAUAUUCCAAUUUAUCUUCAAAAAAACGUAAUUUUUUCUGCAUUUCAGAAUUGGAUCCUGUAAACCUUGUUAUCUACAGGUUUCUGGGGAGGUCUUGUGCCUGAGAAUGCAUUCAACAGAAGUGCAUUGGAGAGUCUUCUUGAUGCUGGUGUUCUUGGUCUCAAGGUAGAUUUUUUUGUGGUGAACAGGCUCUCGAUAGUCUGUAAGCUUGAAAGGGACUAUCUUGGGAAUCCAACAUAAAUGUAUUUUUGUUGAGGUUGUCUGAUCCACAUUAGAUUAAGACUCGGUGAUUGAAAAAAAUUGGUGAAUCUAAUUUGAUAACCAGAGUCGUUCUUUGAUAAAUGAUCACUAUGAGUCAGCCUCAAUAGAAUUUGAUCAAAAGAAAAUUCUGUCGUUAAGGUGGUGAACUGAACUUUAUCAUAUAAUAUGCAACCACUAUCUUCAAAGUCUUGUUGAAUAAUCAAUUUUAAUCUAAUUUGUACGAGUCUGACAGAGUCACGUUAAAACUAUAUUUAGAACAGCUCUUCCAAGUUCUUUUUCGUUUGCUGUACCCUCGGACGUAUAAAACAGGAUGACAGGAGAUGUAACUAAAUCCCAAAAGUUAGAACCUACGAGACAUAGUAAAUUAAACUGGACAUUGAUGUGGUGUAGUUUAAUGUUCCUUUACCAGAGUGAACAUUGCCCAUUUAUGUAGAUUGAUUCACCUCUGGAAGGUGGGAAGUUCAUUUGUAAUGCUGUGUGGUUCUCAUAAGUUCAUUGAUGGAUAAGGGAUUGCCUAUAUUUCAGAUAAAAAUGUAUAUAGUUACCUUUAUUUUUUAUAUAUUUUUAUUGAGGAUAUAUAAUAUGAUGAAUAUCGAUAGGAAUUAUUUUUCCUAUGGACUGUUGUUUUCACUUUAUUAGCUUCAAUGCAUGUUGUUCUUCUUAGACAUUGGAGCCUGUGUCUGACUUUUACCUUGUUUGAAGUCUUUUAUGUGCCCCUCAGGAAUCGAUGACUUCCCAAUGACGAAUGCGACUCACAUCAAGGUGUGCUCCUCUCUUCAAUUUUGCGUUUCCCAGUAAAUCACAUGUGUAGGCUUUUCUUAGGUAUACAUCUUUUUGAGCUAGUUGCAGUGCUAAUCGUCAUAUUUUUUUAUGCAAGUGAACGGUUGAGUUGCUUAAUGUCAUGUCAAUAGUAGUGUUCGAAUAGCAAAACAAAAAGAACAAUAUUCGCUAUUUUUUUUCGCUUUUUUUUUUGGUCUUCUUUCCUUAUGUUUUGUGCAUAAUACUCCUGAAGGUGUUUUAAAAUUGAAGAAGCGAAAACGGAAAAACAUCCAACUUUCGUUGUUUUUUACAUUGGUGGCCCUUUUAUCAUGUUUGAUAUUUUCCCCUCAUUUUCCCUUGUUAAUCAAACAGAAGCAUUUCAGUUCUCACUUAUUUUCCUUGGCCUUGUUACGGUGAGAUGAUUUUUCAUUUUACUUGCUCAGUAAAUAAUUUUGACUUUGAUGCUGAAAUGGAAAAACUGCUGGUUUGGAAAGUAAUAGCUAUGUUCACUAUCAAUUGGUUCGAUAAAGAUAAACGCAAACAGUUCAUCCUGUACAUACAGACCGAACGGAAUAUUCAUAUAUAUAAAUUAUUUUUUAUUUUGGAACGAAAAGUUGGACCACCAGAGCAACUGGCAUGGGUUUUUCUAUUCGUAAGUAAUCAUAUAUAUGAAUAUAUUUUUUUUAUCUAAUCAUCAUUAUGGCUAAGUGUACGCUUUUUUUUCUAUGAAAAAAAUAUGUCCCUCAAAACAAGGGCUUGAUCUCUCGCUAUUGUCCUCUUAAAUAUUUCUCUGUUGCUCGUAGGAAGGGUUGCAUGUCUUGGCAAAAUACAAGAGGCCUUUGCUCGUUCACUCAGAGAUUGCACUGGAUUCUGAAGGCAGUACAGAUAAAGCGUCCCCUCCAGAUCCUAGAUCUUACUCAACUUAUCUUAAGACUAGGCCACCUUCAUGGUAAGUCAGCAACCAACAUACUUGGGCAUAUGGAAGAAAACUGCAUCCUGAUUGUUUCUGUGAGAAAUUUGCUGCCUGUAUGAUAAUUCAUUCAGUUUCCUGUAGUCUUAUCUCUAUUCAUCAUUUUCACAAUGUGGUUCCUACACUAAUAGGAUUUUUUUCGUCCAUAAAAAUAUAUAAAAUCUGUUGAGAACAAUGGUUAUUAAUGAAUGAAUACCCUCUACCCUUGUUGGGUGCAUUCCAAAAAUAUCUGCUUUCCUAUUCAGGAUAUGAUGCCUCGGGGGAAAGUAAAACAUCCAAUUGAUAAGAGGUUGAAUAAAGAUUUCUCCGUUCUGAAUUGAACCUUUUUAGCAUUUUACUAGCUCUGGAUAUAAACAUAAGCCAUCUAUCUAUAUCAAAGAGUUUACCAGAUGUUUUAAAUUUGGAAAUAAAUAAUUAACAAUUUAAUACUCUCCUUGGUACCAGUGAUAAGAUUACUGGCCAACGCGACUGCUUUAUGCAUUUGAUUAGCUUUGGCUCAUUGGUAUUUUAUGGGAGAAUGUCCUGUGAGGCUCAAGCUACUUGUUAUGAAGGUUCUUCUGAUUUCUUUCUACAGUGCUCUCCAACCAUGUGUCUUGUUUGUGAUUUAUUUUUGUCUCAUGUUCAUAUGGGAAGGGAAGAAGCAGCUAUUAGUGAACUGUACAAAGUGGCUCAAGAUACAAGGGUUGGUGGUCGUGCAGAAGGAGCUCAUCUUCACAUUGUUCAUUUAUCCGAUGCGUGGAAAUCACUUGGUAUAAUCAAGGUAUUUGAACACAUCUUUUUUUGAUUCCUAUGUUCAGACUAGGCUUUCCUCAGAUAAAAACUGAUCUUCCAGGAAGUUUCUCUUGGAGUCAAACAAGCAUUGAACAAGCAAGCCCAAGACUUUAUUCCAUUGCUUUAUGACAUAAUUCUCUUUCCUCCUCUCAUGAAAAUUCUUUUUUUAUCAUAGUAUUAUGGUUUUUACUGUUUAUAAUAUUUACUAUACUUAUUUUUAAUUUUAUUCUAUAUUCAUCUCACAUGUGGACUUAUCAUAUAAAACAUCCUAGGACGUAAGGAUGACCUUAUUCAAUGCAUUUUCUUCUCAAAUAGAAACCGUAAUCACCUUUCGAAGAUGGAAUGGGGACCGGAGCAAGAAGUUAGCACGAACAAGGGAUGAAAAUGCUGGUGUAGUUUGUAUGUUCAAGAGCAAGACACCACCCUCCUCCAUAUUUAGGGUACUGUCCUAUCAGCAGUUUGGAUCAUCAGAUAAUCUUUGAGUCGGGAAUAGUCUAUUGAUAUAAAAGCCACCCAGUUCAUAUCUCCUAUAGAAUGCUCGGUUUUCAUUUUGAGCCGAAUUACCUCUUCACAAGUACCUUAUCUUGGUGAAUAUUCUCAUCCAAAACCGAUGCUCGGCUGCAUAAUUCUGUAUUACGUCUUUUAUUCCAAGCAUCAUAUGGUAGACAACCCCAACGCAUUAUUUUUUCUUUUCAAAUCUUUGGGCGGUAUGACAGAGUAUUGCCUAUUUAUCGUCAGAUGCCAUAAUUCUACUCUAAAUCAACUCUUUUUUUUUUUUGUUCUUUCUGAAGGAAGCAAAGGAAAGUGGUGCUAGCCUAAGUGUUGAAACAUGCCCUCACUACUUGGCAUUUUCGGCGGAGCAAAUAAAGGAUGGGGAUACACGCUUCAAGUGUGCCCCUCCUAUUCGAGAUGAAGUGAAUAGGAACAAGCUACGGCAAGCAUUGAUGGUAUUUAACGUUUCGAUGAUAACCUUUUAUUUAUUUUUUAUUAUUUGUUCCCAAGUGCCUGAUUUUUAAUUUUUUUUUCAGGAUGGACAUAUUGAUUUGCUUAGUUCUGAUCAUUCGCCUAGCGCUCCAGAGCUCAAGCUUUUCGAUCAGGGCGAUUUUCUUAGGGCGUGGGGUGGGAUUUCCUCGUUGCAGGUAAACACUAAUCAAGAGAAGAACUCUCUUCUUCUAUUGAAUCUCAUGCUAGCUUAUAAUGUGCGGUCCGAUGGGGACAUGAAUCAUGCUCAUAUUUACGUUUAUUUAUUUAAAAUUAGGCUGGGAAGCCUUUUUUGAGAAAAACCCUUGAUUUAGAGUGGCCAGCGUGAUUUCUUUUGAAACCAGAAUAACAAAUUAAGUUUUAAAAAAAAUCUGUCUCCGGUAUAUUUAUGGAAAACUAUGUUAUUUAAUCUGCGAUAGAUCUCAUUCCUGUGUAAUUAUUGAAUGCUCACUGUAUUCUGUCUUCUUUGUUUCAAAGCUAGUGAUUAUAAAAUGUGAUCAUCCGAGAGCAUAACGGAUUCUCUGCCAUUAUCAAUCAAGAUAUUGUAAUAUCUAGAGAAUCAGAAAAAAAUAAAUAUUCUUCUGCGAUUUAUUUUAAUUUGUGGAAAGAAACUAAUGGGCAUGAAAUAUUGUACUGUAGUUUGACUUGCCAGUGACCUGGUCGUAUGGGAAAAGCUUUGGAGUUACUCUGAAUCAGUUAGCUACAUGGUGGAGUGAGAGGCCGGCAAAGCUUGCAGGCCAAGAACUAAAGGUGCUGUCUGUGAUUAUUUUUAAAUUAUUUUCUUACAUGAUUUUUUUUUUUUUAAUCAUGGGUUAUUUUAUUAUAAGACCCUGGGAACCAACUGAAUUAUCGACAAGUUCCUCUAUUUUUGAAUUAAACUUCUAGGUCCUUGAAAGCUAUCAUACUCUUAUUUUUCUAGCCUCUUCUGUCUAAAUCAUGACGCUAUUAUGCAAAAAGACUAAGCUCCCUUCAUGAUUACCCUCUCUCUCUCUAUCUAUAUAUAUAUAUAUCUUUCUCUCUCAUCCAUGGCCCUUUGCGGCCAUCUCCCUUGUUACACCACCGAAAAAGAGGGGUCCCUGAGGCCCUUUAGAUCAGAUUAUUGUUUAUCAGUAGUAUAUUCGCAGACCUGAAAGUAAUCGAUGCAUGCGAUAUAAAGAAAGCGACAACAAAUUGCUGACAGAUCAGGAAAGGUUACACGAUGCCUGACCCAUAAAUGUUUCAAUUCAGGGGGCCAUCUCUGGAGGAAAACACGCCGACAUCGUCGUGUGGGAUCCUGACGAGGAAUUCGAGCUCAACGAAAAUUACACCACGUACCUCAAGCACCCUGUAUGUUGUGCACUGCAUUCCGUCUUCGCUCACCAAACUGUUGAGUUCAUCUUGACGAAUGGGCAUCCUCCGUCCUAACAGCGUGGUUCUUCAUGCAUAUUAUUUCUUUUCUUGCCAUGAUUGGGCUUGAAUGUGCCUGCAGCUUCGAAAGAACAUCGGCUUAUGCUUUGAGGCAUUAGUUCUUCACCGGCUGUUCAUCAACUUUGGGAAAAAAUAGAAUAACUAUGUAUAUUUUUUUUAUUUUUCUACAGAAUAUCUCAGCUUACAUGGGCACGAGAUUGUCUGGAAAGGUCAUGGCAACCUUUGUGAGAGGCAACCUUGUGUACAGCGACGGUAAACUCGCUCCAGCGGCCUGUGGAGUUCCCAUCCUGGCGAAGCAGUAA